AUGGCGUUCAGUCUCUUUGGAAACAGAGAGAGCGCUAGUUACGCCAAAUAUUUCAACAUCCGAUUGGACGAGGAUUACAUUGUCUUCCGCGGAAGCGAACAUGAAGCCGCCAGCGCUCAUCUUACCGGCCGUCUUUUGCUCUGUCUUUCAGAACCCCUCACUAUCAAACACCUCCGGUUACAUCUAACGGGAAUUUCGCGCGUCUGCUGGCAUCUUCCAUCGUCUUCCGCCAGCGGCGGACGGAAGAAUUGGAGGGAAAAGUCAUUUUAUGAAAAGACAUGGCGAUUCAGAGAACCCGGUAAAGGCAAGACCGAAACACUCCGCGCCGGAAACUACGAAUAUCCCUUCGACGUCGUCCUCGAGGGCUCUCUGCCGGAGAGCAUCGAGGGCUUGACCGAUACAUAUGUGACGUACCGAUUCAAGGCGGAGAUCAAUCGAAAAUAUGCAAAGGAUAUCGUCGUUCGCAAGCCGCUACGGAUCAUCCGGACAUUGGAACCUAGCGCGCUUGAGCUUGCGCAUGCAAUGUCAGUGGAGAACAUUUGGCCGAACAAGAUCGAAUACUCGAUUACCACUCCCACGAAAGCCGUCAUUUUUGGCACCAACAUCCAAAUUGAAUUCAAAUUAAUACCCCUCCUUAAAGGUCUCCGCAUUGGACAAAUUGUUUCGCAACUCGUUGAGACUCACGAUCUCACCCUUAACCCCGACGACCCCGAAUCCUUCCGCAAUUCGUACAAGAAUACAAGGACAAUUGCCAGUGAUGAGCAUGAGUUUGAUCCGGACAACGACCUAGAAAUCCUUGAUGAGUCUGUCGAAGGCUAUCAAUUUUCGCGUAAUCUCGUUCUGCCCAAGACCCUUACGAAGUGUCUGCAAGACACAGACACUAGAGGCAUCAAGAUCCGUCACAAGCUUAAAUUCCGGCUCCAGCUUCAUAAUCCCGAUGGUCAUGUUAGCGAGCUACGCGCGACGCUUCCUGUUUCGGUUUAUAUCUCCCCCAACCUGCCCUUUGACGACGAGAACAACCUGGUCGACCAAAGCCCUCAAACGGCGCAGAGGGCUAUCCAAGAUAGUGCUCAACAAGCACCCCCAUUGUACGGCGAGCACCAGUUCGAUCAGCUCUACAGCGAUGUCGAUCCCAGUGGUUACCGGACCCCUGGUCCGAUGAGUGGCCCGGGUACGCCCUUUGGCUCGCUCAGUCGCAACUUGUCAGCGGAAAACCUGGCUUCGAUGAAUGCUUUGACCAACAGUGAUAUCUCUGCGUCAGCUUUGCACCAUCGUCUGGCAAACCUCCGCGCCAACCGACUCAGUCAGGUCAGCCAUCUUACGCCGUCAGAGCCGGAGAGCCACCAUGACUCGCGAUUAGGCGUUCCUCAAGAUUACUUUGGUCCGUCGUCGGGUUCGACCUCUCACACUCCAGCAAGUCCUGUGCUAUCUCGACGGGCUUCUGACGAGGGUGAGCACGAUCACUUCCACCACCCGAUUCCGUCGGGCAUGGCUACGCCGUUUCAUCCCCACUCUUCAGAGCUCGAGACCCUGAGUCGCGUGCCCAGUUACGACACAGCUAUGCGAUCAAAUAUACAUCUACGGAGACACGAUCCCCUUCCCGACUACAACACUGUGGUUGCUAGUGACGUUCGCACCCCGACCCCUCCGCAAUCACCGCAGCGAGCAUACGUUCGGGGUUCGGCUCGCGGUUCAUCGGAAAACCAAUGCCCGACGCUGGAGGUGUCACAGCGACCUCUAUUCCAAUCUCGCUCACCCAGCCAGAUAGAUGAUGCAGACCGCAACCUCCGCAUCUUUCAGGCUCGGGCCUAA